CAGAACAGGUGAUAAAAACUCUUUUCCUCUCAGAGAGGGCAGUAGAAGAGGGCUUCAGGAUGUCUGUACCUGGAAGCUUCUCGGUGCUCCGUGUCUUGUGGUUGCUAUCAGUGUUUGGCACGGUGCUCUCGCUGGACGGCGGCAUGCUCUUUCCUCAGGAGUCCUCCUUCAGAGAGGUGAAGGAGCUGAACGGGCUGUGGGAUUUCAGGGCUGACGGGUCCCCCAACAGGAACGAGGGCUUCGAGAAGGCUUGGCACAAACGUCGGCUGACAGAGACGGGCCCAGUGAUUGAAAUGCCAGUUCCUGCCAGCUACAAUGACAUCACACAGGACCCCACACUGAGAGAUUUCAUUGGCUGGGUGUGGUAUGAGCGAGAGGUGUUCGUGCCGGCCCGCUGGAUCUCCGAUGAGGGAACAAGAGUAGUUCUUAGAGUGGGAAGUGCUCACUAUUACUCAAUAGUGUGGGUGAAUGGAGAGAAAGUGACAGAGCAUGAAGGUGGCCAUCUUCCUUUUGAGGCAGAGAUUAGUAGUUUAAUCCGCAGGGACCCAACAAAGCCAUGCAGAAUCACCAUCGCGGUAAACAACACCCUAACUUUGGAGACUCUUCCUCCAGGCACCAUCCAGUACAUGAAUGACAGCAGCAGGUAUCCUGAUGGGUUUUUUGUGCAAAACAUUGACUUUGAUUUCUUCAACUAUGCUGGGAUUCAUCGUUCUGUACUGUUGUAUACUACUCCUAAAGUGUAUGUGGAUGACAUCUCAGUGGAGACCAACUUCAUGGAUAACACUGGUCUUGUCCGAUACAAAGUAUCUGUUCAAGGUGGCUUCAGCAACACUCUGAACAUUACUCUAAUGGACAAAGAUGGCCACUUUGUGGCCUCCUCCAAUGGGUCAUCUGGAGGGCUUAAAGUGGUAGAUGUGAAGCUGUGGUGGCCGUACUUGAUGCACGAGAAUCCAGGUUACCUUUAUUCUAUGAAGGUCCACCUAAUUGCAGUCAGUGAGACAUCAACAUAUGAGGAUGAGUAUACUCUGCCAGUUGGUAUCCGCAUAAUAAACGUUACCAACACCCAGUUCCUCAUUAACAACAAGCCAUUUUAUUUCCAUGGGGUCAAUAAGCAUGAGGACUCUGACAUUCGUGGUAGAGGCUUUGACUGGCCCCUAAUUGUAAAGGACUUUAAUUUAAUGAAGUGGUUAGGGGUCAACUCAUUCCGUACCAGCCACUAUCCCUAUGCUGAGGAGAUCCUGCAGAUGUGUGAUCGUCAUGGGAUUGUGGUGAUAGAUGAGUGCCCAGGUGUUGGCAUCAAAGACAUGUAAGUGUUACCACACAUANNNNGAAACGCCUCUCUGUCUCACCACUUGGUUGUCAUGGACGAGCUUGUGCGCCGGGACAAGAACCAUCCCUCUGUGGUCAUGUGGUCGGUAGCCAAUGAGCCCGCCUCAGAGAUGCCUCCUGCUGAAUUUUAUUUCAAGACUUUGAUUGAGCACACCAAAGCUCUGGACCAAACCCGACCUGUCACUUACGUCACAAUCGCUGCAGCUGACAUGGACAAAGGGGGUCCCUAUGUAGAUGUAGUGUGUGCAAACAGUUACUUUGCCUGGUAUUUUGAUCAAGGCCGGUUGGAUAUCAUUCCUCUUCAGCUGAGCACUCAUUUUGAAAACUGGUACAGAAAGUACCAGAGACCCAUCAUCCAGAGUGAAUAUGGAGCAGAUGCAGUUCCAGGGCUUCACAUGGAUCCACCCGUGAUGUUCACUGAGGAGUACCAGAAUGCUCUCCUGCAGAGCUACCAUGAUGUGUUCGACCAGAAGAGGAAUCAGUAUUUCAUUGGUGAACUCAUCUGGAACUUUGCAGACUUCAUGACAUCACAAGGAAUCUAUCGUGUGGUGGGGAACAAGAAGGGUAUUUUCACCCGGCAAAGGCAGCCCAAGGCGGCAGCGUUCCUCUUGAGGAAGAGGUACUGGAGGCUGGCUAAUGAGACGGGCAGACUGCUUCCUGACUGACUAAAUAACUCUGAUCACUCUGAAACUCUGAUGGUAGCCAGUCUGGGAAAUAGUCAACACUGUGUAAGCAGUAUGCUGAACCAGUACUGUGAUAUUGUGUCUGAACAACAUCUGUGUGUGUGUGUGUGUGUGUGUGUGUGUGUGUGUGUGUGUGUGUGUGUGUGUGUGUGUGUGUGUGUGUGUGUGUGUGUACAUAUUGAUCUUAACUAAUGAACUUUAUAAUACUUUAUUCCAGCUGUAGGGAACAUUUUAUAGGUCUACAGUGAUUGAAAAUAGACUCUUGUGCCUUAUCUAUUGUGAAGUUCACCUUUUCUAAUUAAAGCCUCAAUUUAAAAAGGUCUGACGCAAAUUAUAAAAUAUAAUAUCAUAAAACAGAUUUUUUUAA